GGGUUUUAUGCUCAAGAACUACGUGGGCCCGGACUGCUUGGAGGAAGGGAGAUCGAGAACCGGCUUUGUGCUCAACACCAAGAACGUCGAGUUCAAGCUCAAGAAAUACCUCGGCCCUGCGUGCGUCGAGAGCAGGCCGGGGGCUCGCAUCCGGGCGAAGCCCCUGGCAACCAAACAGCCCACCCGCGCCUGGGUGUUUGACCAGACCCUCGGCACAAUGGAGACAUGGAAUGAGCUGUGUGGCGAGACCUUUUGGAGCUUGGCAUCCAGCUCGUACGACUGGGACCCCCUGCUCUCUGGGUUGACUGGCUGCGUCGGUCCAAUCUGCCGCAAGAUGGGCACGGAGGAGGAUGCGUGCAACGUCCCAGGCUCCAAGGAAUGCGAGUUCCAUGUCAAGGACUACCUACCUCUCUACGGCUACGCGACGCAGCUUCACCUCGCCGAUGUUGCCAAGGGCCUUUCAGUGCCACAUUCCGGGCGUGAUCUCGGUCCUACAGACACUGAACCUGCAGGAGAUGAAGGCUGGGGUCGAGAGGUACCCCGACAGCCCCCUGCCGGCGUCCUCCGCCUCUUCCAUUAGCCGUCGCCCGCUCUUUGCGCCGUUCAUGGACGACCCGAUGCCGCCACCGGCGCCACCCCCGCUGCCACCGCCGUCGCCUUGUGACCAGGGCUUUGUUCCAACGUGCGAGCACGCGAAAGGCUUCGGACUCUGCCGUGUUGGGAAGGAGCCGUGCCCAGAAAGUUGCGUCGCAGAGGUGCUUCGCGUUUGCCCGGAAACGUGCGCGUUGCCCCGCAACGUCACCGAGGGGCACGGCCUCUGGAACGAAAACAGCGAGUUCAUCCCUGCCGAUUACGACACGCCCGCGCCCGAGGCUGCCAAGGCUGCAAUCUGUGCCGCAUGCAGCGACCGCCCCGGACUCAAGUGCUGCCACAACCAUCCGCACGACGACCGCCGCCGUCUGGAGACCGCCUCGAGUGGGAGCUGCGGCGCCUACAUGCCCUACGCAGCCGGUACGCCGCUGGUCCGAGCCCUGGCCGCCCACGUCGGCUCCGUGUCCGCUCUGACUGGAGGAU